AUGUCGCCAGAAGUAAAAAAGCGCGUGCGGGCUCUAAAAAGACUAAUUUUAGCCGAGUAUGAAAUUAAAUUGAGAUUCGAUGCUGAAGUUCAUCUUCUUAAAUUGAAAUACCAAAAAGUGUACGAGCCAUAUAUUAACAAGCAAAGUGAUAUAAUUCAAGGAAACUACGAGCCUACCAAAGGCGAAUACAGUAGUUCUGAUGAAGAUGAUGAACUAGGGAAAAUAGGACUUGAAUCAAAAGAGGCAAGUAGACAAGAACCGAAAGGAAUACCGGACUUUUGGCUUAAUUACAUGGAGAACUCGUUCAAAUUCAAAAGUUACAUACUACCACAUGACGUGCAAAUCAUCAGACAUUUGUCAGAUAUCAGAUGUAAUCGAUCGGAAGAGUAUAUAGGAUUUACUUUGGAAUUUCAUUUCACACCUAACGAAUGGUUCACUAAUAAUGUGCUGACCUUGAAGUUCGAGGAGUACCCUCUAGACAAUAUUUUUCAUAUUGUUAGAUGUUACGGUAUGACAUACGACAUUCAGUACAAACUUACUGGCUGUGAGAUUAAUUGGAAUGAGGGGAAAAAUGUGACACAGAAAAUCAAAAAUGUAACACUUGAAGGCACCUAA